CAUCAUUUUUGAUCCCCAUUCUACGUCCGCUAUUGAUGCCAAAUCUACAAAAAGAUAUCAAAGUAUGAGGUGACUUCUUUACAUUCUUCCACAUCAAUUGGCAAUAGCAAAGCUCCAAUUUCUGAUCGUGGCUAGCAGUCAAGAUGAAUGGCCAUCCCCGCACUGCUCCACAUACGAUCACAAUGGCAAAGGGAGGCCAAGAAAAGGCAAAAGGAACGCAAACGCCUCCCCAAAGCAGCAAUACGAUCAAGUAUGCAUCCAGCAACGUAUCUCAUCGGGUACCUAUCGAUGUGGUGAUGCAAAUAUUAACACAUUAUGCCACUUUAUCACCUUCAUGUGCUGUGAAUUCACUUUUGAUCUCCAAAGAGUUCAAUUCUACCGUUGAAGCAGGUGCAUAUAGUUGUGUCUCUUUAUUCUCUGUUCGCGCUAUGGAAGUCUUCCUUAAGCUGAUCAAGACACAACCUCGUAUUGCCCGUAAAGUGAACUCAUUAUGGAUCGCACCUGGUCAUUCAGAUUCGGAUCUUAUCACAGUUUUGGCACCUCCCACAAGUGAUGUCGCAUUCGAACAACGUCAAAAAAGAGUACAAGCAAUCGCUCGAGAAAUCUUACGAAGCUGUCGUCGAUUACGUCACCUUGCCUUGGACGGAGGCUUUGUGACACCUCAAUCAGCAACUGGGUUCGGAACAGCUUCUAAACCUCAAACGUUAUUGUGUAUCAACCCACAUAGUUUUCUGGGAAACUUUUCCGCUCCAAUCUUUCGAUCUACAAUUCAAAGAUUAGAAGUUGUUGAUACAACAUUAGCCGUUGAAGAAAUUGAUGAGAUUCGUCAAAUGAACGGAUUACGAAAAUUCUUUUGGACAAAUCCACGUGCAAAAGCAGAUGUAACAAGAGAUGUAAGCGUUCUGCUUCGUAUCCUUUCACCAAGAGGAAGAGAUUUGUUAGCAAGUAUUAGUGGAGAAGCUGCCGUAUCGAUUGGAAUUGAUUUUGUUGGAGAUACAGAAGCGGCUACGCAAGAUUUGAUCGUUGAACAGCAAGAAAGAUUGAUGGAAGCGCUUUCGAUCAACGGAACUGCAUUACCGGAGAAAGCACGCAUCAAUGAUAAAUUGCGAACAAUCUGUACAACAACUUCACAAGGACGGGCAGCUGCCUUAGCUGCCACAUUCAAGAAAAUUGUAGAAAAUUUAAAGUACCCUGAGAGCUUUGACUCAGAGGGAAAGGCGGUACUCGCAGGCACGCCAGAUGCUCAAAACGGAGAUGGCGAAGAUGAUGUGACUGAAGUGAUGAAGACUGUCAAACCAGGAAGCUUUUAUGUGGAUUCUUCACGGGCCAAUAGUACCUCAAUACACCCUCUUUCAGGGGUUGAGUUGCAAACGAGAGCACUUACAUCACUUUUGCAUGCAUUAGAAAAGCCAAGUGCCAACAACGUUCAAAAUAGCGAAGACAGUGAAAACGAAGAAGACGAUGAUGAAGUAGUAGAAGAAUGGGAAGCAUUACGCGAUCUUGUUUGUCAACGAAAGCUUUCCAGCACUACACCAUUACAACGUUACUUUGCAAAUAUGAAUGCAGGAAGUACGAAUUCUAUUUGGCUUGGUGGUCCGGCUGCCAAUAUGGAUAGGUCUGCGGGUAACAGUGGAAGAAACAGUCAAUCUGCGUCUGGAACGCAAACACCUUCUCAUGCCCGCACAGAAGAGGAAGUUGACGGGGGUAGAGCUUUACAGCGUAUCUGGUAUCGCUGGUUAGAACAAGUCGGAAACGGAGAAUUAGAUGGGGAUGUGUUAUAAAUCGGAGAGUAUUGUUGUAUUAAUAUUGUAUAUAGUAGAAUGUGUCAUCAAGAAAUGCAUCAGGCAGAAUUUGACAGUG